CCCCUUCUCGCUUUCCACUUCUCUUUCCCCCCUUUUCUCCCUCCCCCGCCCCCCAGUCAAGUCUUUCGGACCUGGGGGCUUCGAGAGCUGGGCGCUAUGAAAAGUGUUUGCCCAGUCACUUCCGGUUUUUCUUCCCCCAAUCCCUCAGCUGCUGCUGCUGCUGCUCAGGAGGUCAGAUCUGCCACUGAUGGUAAUACCAGCACCACUCCGCCCACCUCUGCCAAGAAGAGAAAGUUAAACAGCAGCAGCAGUAGCAGCAGUAACAGUAGUAACGAGAGAGAAGACUUUGAUUCCACCUCUUCCUCCUCUUCCACUCCUCCUUCACAACCCAGAGAUUCGGCAUCCCCUUCAACCUCGUCCUUCUGCCUGGGGGUUUCGGUGGCUUCUUCCAGCCACCCGAUACAGAAGAAGCUGCGUUUUGAAGACACCCUGGAGUUUGUAGGGUUUGAUGCGAAGAUGGCUGAGGAAUCCUCCUCCUCCUCCUCCUCUUCACCAACUGCUGCAACAUCUCAGCAGCAGCAACUUAAAAAUAAGAGUAUAUUAAUCUCCUCUGUGGCUUCGGUGCAUCAUGCAAACGGCCUAGCCAAAUCAUCUACCACCGUCUCUAGCUUUGCUAACAGCAAACCUGGCUCUGCUAAGAAGUUAGUGAUCAAGAACUUUAAAGAUAAGCCUAAAUUACCAGAAAACUACACAGAUGAAACCUGGCAAAAACUGAAAGAAGCAGUAGAAGCUAUUCAGAAUAGUACUUCGAUUAGAUACAAUUUAGAAGAACUCUACCAGGCUGUAGAAAAUCUCUGUUCUCAUAAGAUUUCUGCAAACUUGUACAAACAACUGAGACAGAUUUGUGAAGAUCACAUCAGAGCACAGAUUCAUCAGUUCAGAGAAUAUCCUUUUAUCAUGAUCAGGAGCAUUUUUCUGUUUCUGGAUAGAACUUACGUUCUUCAGAAUUCAAUGCUACCCUCCAUUUGGGACAUGGGACUGGAGUUAUUUAGGGCUCAUAUCAUAAGUGAUCAGAAAGUUCAGAAUAAGACAAUUGAUGGUAUUCUUCUCUUGAUUGAGAGGGAAAGGAAUGGUGAAGCAAUUGAUAGAAGUUUACUCCGAAGCCUUUUAAGCAUGCUCUCUGAUUUGCAAAUUUAUCAAGAUUCUUUUGAACAACGAUUUUUGGAAGAAACUAACCGGCUAUAUGCAGCUGAAGGCCAAAAAUUAAUGCAAGAAAGAGAGGUUCCUGAAUAUCUUCAUCAUGUUAACAAACGUCUAGAUGAAGAAGCAGACAGACUUAUUACUUACUUAGAUCAGACCACCCAGAAGUCAUUAAUUGCUACUGUAGAAAAACAACUGCUAGGUGAACACUUAACAGCAAUUCUUCAGAAAGGUUUAAAUAACCUCCUUGAUGAAAACCGAAUUCAAGAUUUGUCUCUUCUGUAUCAGCUCUUCAGUAGAGUUCGAGGUGGAGUUCAGGUUCUCUUGCAACAGUGGAUUGAAUAUAUCAAGGCAUUUGGUAGCACUAUUGUAAUUAAUCCUGAAAAAGAUAAAACUAUGGUUCAAGAAUUGCUGGAUUUUAAAGAUAAAGUUGACCAUAUAAUUGAUAUCUGCUUUUUGAAGAAUGAAAAAUUUAUCAACGCCAUGAAAGAAGCAUUUGAAACAUUCAUUAACAAAAGACCAAAUAAACCUGCUGAACUUAUAGCUAAGUACGUAGAUUCAAAGCUUCGCGCAGGCAACAAAGAAGCUACAGAUGAAGAACUUGAGAAAAUGUUGGAUAAAAUUAUGAUCAUAUUUAGAUUUAUCUAUGGCAAGGAUGUUUUUGAGGCCUUUUAUAAGAAAGAUUUAGCCAAACGCUUAUUAGUUGGGAAGAGUGCAUCUGUAGAUGCUGAAAAAUCAAUGCUGUCCAAACUCAAACAUGAAUGCGGAGCUGCUUUCACCAGCAAACUUGAAGGAAUGUUUAAAGACAUGGAACUUUCUAAAGACAUCAUGAUUCAGUUCAAACAGUAUAUGCAGAAUCAGAAUGUACCUGGGAAUAUUGAAUUAACUGUGAAUAUCCUGACAAUGGGUUAUUGGCCAACAUAUGUGCCUAUGGAAGUCCAUUUACCACCAGAGAUGGUAAAACUUCAGGAGAUUUUCAAGACGUUUUAUUUAGGCAAGCACAGUGGUAGGAAACUUCAGUGGCAAUCAACCCUAGGACACUGUGUGCUAAAAGCAGAAUUUAAAGAGGGUAAAAAAGAACUCCAGGUCUCUCUUUUUCAAACGCUGGUGCUGCUAAUGUUUAAUGAGGGAGAAGAGUUCAGUUUAGAAGAGAUCAAGCAGGCUACCGGAAUAGAGGAUGGAGAGUUAAGGAGAACACUGCAGUCGUUAGCCUGUGGCAAAGCUAGAGUUCUGUCGAAAAAUCCAAAGGGCAAAGAUAUUGAAGAUGGUGACAAGUUCAUUUGUAAUGAUGAUUUCAAACACAAACUUUUCAGGAUAAAGAUCAAUCAAAUCCAAAUGAAAGAAACGGUUGAGGAACAAGCAAGCACUACAGAAAGAGUAUUUCAAGACAGACAGUAUCAAAUUGAUGCUGCAAUUGUUCGAAUUAUGAAGAUGAGGAAGACACUUAGCCACAAUCUCCUUGUUUCAGAGGUGUAUAACCAAUUGAAAUUUCCAGUAAAGCCUGCUGAUCUUAAGAAGAGAAUAGAAUCCUUAAUUGACCGGGACUACAUGGAAAGAGAUAAAGAAAAUCCAAAUCAGUACAACUAUAUUGCAUAGAAUGUUGGCCUUGGAGCACUUGGUGUCAUAUGCAGUAGCCAGUGGAUAAACUAACCUAUUGAUGCUAUAUUAUUUGACUUCUUUUAUACUACCAAUGACCAAACGAAGCAGUAUAAUUAAUGGAAAUAGUUGAUUGGACUUUUUCUCAGUGGUUAACAUGCCCAUUUUAAAGAGUAAUACUUAACUUUAAGAAGAAUGUUUUUGAACUCUUUGACUCUUUGCAUGUUAUUAAGUAUGAUGUGCAGAAAACACUUAAGAAAGUACCUGGUCUUCAUGAUUCCUCUUUGGAACUGGGGAAGGAGGUCCCUAUGGCUGUUAAAAGGGAGGGGGGUUCUUAUACACCAUUAAUUAUGAAGCAAAAGGUUUAUUUGCUUAAAAUGUCAUUUAAAGAUACUUAAACUGCAUGCAAACUUUAUUUACUGUACAGAGUUCUGGAUGUAUUUAUCAAAUAGAAAAACCACCCUUGA